CCCGUGUUUACUUCCGCUCACGCAAGGCAACGCACGGCUACAUUGAAGAAUGUUGAGGCGUCCCAAGCCGACAGAUUCGGAGGCUGACCUCCUGAGAGAACAGGAGAGUUUCCUUAAUUCCGGAGCGCCGUGUGCUGCAAGUGUGGUCCGUCGUCCUGACAAGAGAAGAGGACAGGCAGGAGCCCAGCAGGGGCUCGAACAUAAUGGAGAGAAUGGAUCAGAUCAGAGGGAUGUGGUCACAAUAGAAGAUCUUCCAGAUGACCUCCCAUCUCUGACACCAGCACCGGCUAAGAAGUCACGCUUUAAAAGCAGCCGGGUCACUUUCCAGGAUGAGGAUGCUGAGGAGACGCUGGACAGACAUGACACACACAUCAGUGCUGUUCUCUCCAGGAUAGUUGAGAGGGACACUAGUUCAGCUCCAAUAUGUUUGCCAGCUUUCACAAACAUGGCUUUCCCUAAAGUGCUACAUCGCUCUGCAGCCAACAUUCAGGCGGCAGGAUCCUCAUCUGGCACCAAAAAAAGCAUCUUUGCACGUCACAUUGAAGCUCAAAGAGCAGUGGAGAGGCAAUCGGCGAACUGUGGAGACACAUGCGGCACAUCUGCGGGACCUCAAGGGCUGAAUCUCCGUUCUGGGAGGAGCAUGGACAGAAAUCAGCCUGCUGUUGACUCAGUGCCUGCAUCUGGCUCCAGACCAUGGCUGGUGUCAGGUCAGGGUCUUCACGGUGUGGAUGGAUCAGGAGAGACCAUGAGGAUCCAUGAGGAGAACCAGGCAAAGCUCCAGGCGAUGUCUCCAGCUGAGAUUCUGGAGGAACAGAGGAAGCUCUUAACUCAGCUGGACCCCCGGCUGGUGGAGUUUGUAAGGUCCUGCAAGGCCAAGACUGUCCCGCCCUCCGUCUCCUCUUCUAGUCAGCCGGAGGGCAACAGCAGCACUAACAACACAGGCGCGUUGAUGGAUGAAUAUAAGGAAAUAGAGAUGAAAGGAGAAGAAGAAGAAGAGGAAGCAUCACCUUCACCUGUCUUGAUGGAGGAGGACCUGCCAGUGAAGCCCCAGAAACAGUGGGUCCACAUGGAUAAAAUGGAGCCGGAGAAGCUGGAGUGGAUGAGAGACUUGCCUCCACCGAGGAAGAAAGGAACCAAUAAGGCCAUGCAAGCUCGUUUUGACUUUAAAGGGACUUUGAUACCUCCUACCGAGGACCUGCCCACCCACCUGGGCCUGCAUCAUCAUGGCGAGGAACCCGAGCGAGCAGGUUACUCCCUUCAGGAACUCUUCUUGCUGUCUCGGAGCAAGGUCACCUCACAGCGGAGUCUCGCCCUCACAACUCUGGCUAGCGUCCUCUCGAAGGCCCGGGCCGGAGAAUAUCUGUCACUUCUGAGAGGCAGCGUGACAUCCACUCUGCUUGACGCUGGUCUGCUCUUCCUGCUGCGGUUUGCGUUAGACGAUGCUGUGGAGGGAGUGAUGUCUGCGGCCGUGCAUGCAGUGAAAGCACUGCUCGUGUGCGAGGAGGAUGAAGAGUGCUUGGAUUCCACUUUCUCGUGGUUUCGGGGGUUGGCUACAUUCCCCUUGCUCCCCUCAGCAGAGGAUGAGGAAGACGAGGAGGACGAAGGCCUGGAUCAAAGUUUAAAGGAGACGGCUAAGGAGAAGGAAGAAAGGAAGACGGAUCAUGAUGUCGCCAGACAGGAUGUUGUCAAGGGUUUGCUCAAGAUGAAGCUGCUCCCCAGGUUUCGCUACAUACUGGAGGUGCUUCGUCCGUCGCCUCCCGUCGUCCACGAUAUUAUGCUAGUUCUCACCCGAAUCGCCAGACACUCCCCUCUGUCUGCCACUCAGAUCCUGGACUGCCCACGUCUGAUUGAGACGGUGAUGAGCGAGUUUGUGCCGACGUCUUGGACGGCAGCGACAGUUUCCAGCCUGCAGCCUGUGUAUGGACACCCGCUGCCCAGCGCUGUGAAGCUUCUGCGAGUUCUCGCCACUUCAGGGAGACAUGUCUGUGCCAGGCUGUUGAACUCACAGGGUGCCGGCGAACGCCUCUGUUGUCUGCUGAGCGCUGAACCUAGCGAGCUGCUGCUGGAGCCCACAGAAGCUCUAAAAGUGACCACAGAGGCGUUCAGGCUGUGGGCCGUCGCCGCGGGAUACGGACAAGCCUGCGACAUUUACAUAGACUUGUAUCCAGCGCUAGUGAAGCAGCUGCAGUCAGCUCGACAGAUUCUCUCACCCUCGGACCCUCUGCUGCCCCUGCAGCUGCAGAAGAUCUUGGCCCUGCUCUCUUUCCUAACGCAGGUCACGCUCACAGCAGGUGUCCAUCAGGAGCUGCAUGCAAACCUGGUCAGGCAGGAAGAGGACGGCCCUCCACCUCCCCCUGUGACCUGGACUCAUGUUGCCGGGCUGCAGACCUCGCUACUUGGCCAUCUGAAAACCUUCAUCAAGAACCUUGAAGAUCCGAACCAGAGACUCACCAGCUUGACUCUGAUUCCGGCUUACCUGCUCUACUUGGAUGCCUAUUUUCGACAGCUGACUAAACAGAGUUGGUUCAAGCCUGUGGAAACUCUUCAGGAGCUGGAACAGCUGACAUCGGGUGUUCUGCUUCCCUUGAUGUCCCAUCAUGUGGUUCAAGACGAAAUAAAGAACCUGAAGUCAUCUUCAUUAGUCUGCACCGACCAGUCGAGUCACCAGGGGCCUGAGACUCUUCCCAGCCUCCCUGCUUUGGCCAGCGCUGGGUGGAAGGAUCGUCCCGGACCACAUCGCCUGAACUCUCCCAUCCCUCUUUUCACUGCGUUUGGGCUCCUCCUGGAAACGGUCACAAACGUUCAUAAAGGGCUCAGUUGCAAAUUUGCUGGUUUCCUCUUGGCUGAGCCAGUGAUUUGUUAUCUGAGGUGUUGCAGUCAGGCCUCGCCCAAACUGUCCCACACCAACGCCUGGUUUCUACGUCACGAGCAUCACCUCCUAUACGUGCUGCUGCAGAUGGCUCACAAACUGAUUCCAGUCGACCAAGAAGUAGCGAAGCUUGCCUCCCUCUACCACCAGAUGGCGCUAGUUCUUUUAACAUGGCUGCUGCCCGGCAGCGAGUACCUGGCGUACGAGCUUCUCUCCACAGUCGUCUUCAGUAAAGACUUUCUGGCGGAGGGUCACAGUGGUGGGCCGGAGGCUGUGGAGCUCGGGGAGCUGAAGCUGAACCAGGACCACCAGCCCAGUCUGCAGACGGUGGGAUCUUUGCUGAGAGAAGCAGUGGUGCAACUGCCGUCCAUCAGAGGCUGCUUCCUCACUCAGCUGGCCCACCUGGAGCCUUCGGUGCUGGUGUCUAAGGAGGCUCUUCUGGGUCGUAACCCCUGGAUCAAGUCUCAGCUCCUCCCGGAGCUCAGUGGCCCAGCUCUGCCGGCCGAUUGGCCGUUCCUCCCCCUGGUUCGUCUGUAUGAGCGGACUGGGGUGUCGGAUGGUGGAGGACUGGCGGUGGAGGAGCUCCCACCUGGGGCCCUUCAGACAGUAACCCACUGUCUCCAGUGGAUACUGCUGCUGGAGGUCUGGCGAGAAGAAGCCUUAAAGGUGAUCCCCCCAGUUGCAAAGCUAGCCCGUUUGUCCUGUGUGUUUCUGUGCUCCAGUGACUUGUUCUUGGAGCGACCAGUUCAGAAGCUGACCUGGGGCCUCUUCCGGCUGCUCACCAGAAGUUCACGGCUGGACUCGUUGGACCUGAGCAUCCCACCACCUGGUUUAGCCUCCUUCCAAGACCUGUACUGCGCUCUCCUGGCUCAGUAUGAAGCCGUGUCUUUUGGAGAUCGCUUGUUUGGUUGCUGGCUUCUCCUGCCUCUGCAGAGGAGGUACAGCGCCACCAUGAGGCUGGCUGCCUUUGGAGAACACGUGGGGAUGCUGAGGUCUUUAGGAGUAACUCUUGAACAGCUCUCCAUCCCCAUCGAGCGAUUCACGUCUCCCCCUGAAGACUCCCUCCCUCUGCUCCGUCUCUACUUCCGCUCUCUGGUGACUGGAGCUCUGAGGGCUUGCUGGUGUCCUGUCUUGUACGCAGUAGCUGUGUGUCACGUCAACACUUUCAUCUUCUCUCAAGAUGCUGCCGCCCAGGAGGUUGAAGCUGCUCGACACAGUAUGCUGCGCAAGAUUUACCACCUGACCGAUGAGGUGUUGAAGAGUCACCUGCUUCUGUUCCGCCUGCCACAGCAGAAGUCAGAUUUGGGAUUCGACAUGUACGAUGAGUUGCCUCCUAUUCGAGCCAAACAUCUGCGUACAGUGGUGGUCCAGGCGGUGAAAGAAGACCAGGGAAAUAGCUGAAAAAUAGGGACUGACCCAAACACUGCUGCCUGAGAGACAGAAGAAGAAGAAGAAGAAGAAGAAGCACCAUCGUGCUGGUAAGGAAGCAGCUGCGAAUCCAGAACGUCUGGUCUGGAAUUUUUUCUUUCCGAUAUGCUUUUUUGGAUCACGCCCUGUUUGGGAAACUACCCAGCGGUGUUAAAUUUAGAGAAUGAAUCAUGGUUGGACUCUCUAGCUCUGCAACAAAGGGUCAUGGUUCUUCGUGUCAGUCCAGUCUGCUGACAUGUGAUGCAAGUGCCUGUAUUCGCUGUUAAAACAUAAAAUCCCGUUUUUUUACACUGGUGCCAAGACUGAAUCAAAUGAUUCUGCUCUCAUUCAAACCACUUUGUGUAUUCAAAGAUAUUUUUAAAAGCUUGUUCAUCACGAUGUGAAGCAGAGCCAAAGUUGGAUUGGCAAAGUUGGAUCACAAGCGGCUUUGUAAAUGCAGUGAAAGCAUCACACAGCAAAGUAAAUUGUGAAUAUAGCACUUGUGAAUAAUCCUCGCCAAUUCAUGUGGACUAACACACUCACUUGUGACUGGGGCAUGGGCACGAUCUCUUUUUUUUUUUUUUAAAGAAGGCAUUUCAUUUCCUUAUGUUUGGAAGAGAGGCUUGCAUGGUCGACCGGUUUGGUGAAGCCUUCUCAACUGGAGGGUCGCGACCCAAAAGUGGGUCAUGAAGCUUCGACUACUGGGGCAAAAAAUAAUCUUCAUUUUGAACAUCUCACACAGCACCCGACAUGGUUGUUAUCCUUCCAUUGAGUGGCUGUUUUGGUCACACUGAUCAUGUGGGCCAGCUGGUCCUUGGUCCAGUGCACGCCAUGGUCAUGUGACCAGGGAAACUUUGAUGUUGGCUUACGUGACCUUGACUCAUGAUAGCAAUGGUAAAUGUUUUGUUCUGAGCGGCACACUGGCCCCUAUAGAUCAGCUAAUGUGCCCUAUAAAAAAAUUGCAAUUCUAUUGACGGAUAACAUCCAUGCAGAGGCACAGAAAAUCUAUGGACAAGUGAAGUCUUCUGACAGGAGACGUGUCUGUGUGACUGGGCAUUUCCGUCUCUGUGGCCUGCAUCACAUAGCUCUGCCCUAGUGACGGCACAGUAUCAACCACUUGCGAUGUGAAGAAUGAAGUGGUAGCAUGAAAGGAUGUCACCAAACUUGUAAAUUACAUUAAAGGUUUUUCAAAAGCUGUUGGAUUUUCUUUAGAGCGUUGACCUCUACGCCCACCAAUUGUAUUCAAUUCUGUCUGGAAAAUAAAGUCUUUUUUUUUUGGCCACAAGUUGUCAUUGAGUGGUAAUAGUGGAUCUCAAAAGCCAGUGGUUUAACCCUCAACCACCGGGCCACAGCCCAGAAUCAACCGUGUUGCCGUGCCGCACAGAAAGAAUGGUCUCUGGUGGUGUCUGAACGGUGUUUUAUUUUGAUAAAUGACUGGAUGUUCUCCGGCACAACCUUCGCCUGUGCCUCUUGACAUGCUGGUUUUCCUCUCUUGGUCACGCUAGUCAAAAGAAUAAAGCCUCAAAGUAAAGAAAAACUGGAUGGAACCUUGACCCUGGAGGAUCAGAAAAGGAUGUUUCCAGGUGCCGAAAUAUUUUGGUUUUUCUCACCAUCCAUGUCCUCAAAAAAGGGUGCCAAGUUGGGGUUACCUGGGCAGCUCAGUGUCUCCCAUCAGAGUCACAAGCCCAGAGCUCCCGCUGAGUCAGCGUUAUGGUAAGUUGUGUUGUGUUCUCAUGAUGGCCGUGUUAUUUUAGUAUAUUCUGUCACUCCUGGAGAAACUGGUCCGUGAAAAACUGGUCUGUGAAAAUAAUGCGCUAAAAAUGUCAUGACAUCUGGAUCAAAGCCAUUGAAUAAAGUGAUUGAAUGGCAAUGGAAAGGUUGAACAAGUCGAAUGUGAACCACGUUUUGGCUUAAAAAGUUACUUCAGUGCCGUGACGGAUGAUAUCCAAGCGUGAAUCCGAUUAUGUUGCGGUGCCGGUGCAAAGAUGCAAAAACCAUCUGGGUUCUGGAAAUGAAUGCCGACACAUUAACCAAGUGGUCUUGCCCAUAAAGCCCAUGAAACAGAUGCAUUUUAAGUCUAGUGAAGUAUGCUUUAGAGCAGUAGCAGAUUUAGUAUUUUACUCUUGAUCUCUGACCCCCUUGUUUCUUUGCUUGUAAGCAGACAGGUUCAUGUUUUUAAACAAUGCAAAACUCGCCUCAUAAAACUGCUAUUUUUU